CGCACAGUUGUGAUUCGCGGGAAUUCUUUCCUUCAACCUCACACAAUCAUCAAUCUCUUUCAAUACAUGCAUUCGGAGCCCUGCAUGCGGCAGACGAUUCGGUGAGGGAUAUAUUUGAGGAAGUAGGCAACACAAGACAAUGACUGAGUCAGCCUCUGCCAAAAAGACACGGGCUGGCAAACCCAAGGUCCGGACCGGAUGCCAAACCUGCAAAGUCCGACGUGUCAAGUGCGACGAGCAAAAGCCCUUUUGCUUACGGUGCCGAAAUCUCAAUCUUCAAUGUCAAGGCUAUCCAGCGCCCAUUGCGCGGCGGAGAAAGAAGACCUCUAUUCUUUCUCAGAAAACUGAGCGUUCAUCACGGUUAUUAGCGCCCUCUGGAUCACAUACACAUACGCUCCCAUCAGCCAGGUCGCCUUGCCCCGAACAGGUAUUAUUACCUGUCCUUUCCUAUUAUUGUGAUCCCCGCAUUGCUUCUUCACGCCACCAUCAGUUAGCGGAAGGGGACGUCGUAUACUUUGACUACUUCCGCUAUCAGGUGGCGAACAACUUGGCUGGAUUCUACACAACCAGCAUUUGGUCGCGCUUGGCCGCCGGCGAAGGUCUACAGGAUGACUGCAUCCGUCAUUCUGUACUAUCUAUCGGCGCGUUUAUGCGUUCAAUGGCCGAACCGGCACCUAGUCUAUGCAACUCAACAGCCUCAGGUGGUGGCAUGUCACGGACUCUGAUGCUUAACAGAAUCAUCAAUAAUAAACAUCAAGAAGCGGCUUUGCAGCAUCAUGCCAAAGCCACCACCUCCUUUCACCGGAAUAUCCAAUAUUUGACAUUGUCCACUCCAUCUAAAGUUGUUAUUACAACACUAUUGUUGGCGGUUUUCGAGCUUCUACAGGGACAAAUGAACGUAGCAAAUUUAUUAGUCAAUUCCUCCAUAGAUUUUCUUGGAAGCUUCCCAUCAAGAAAAUAUUUUUCCGAUCACGAAUUCCAGGAAGUCGAAUGGGUGCUUCCCUUGGUCUCUACCAUGAGCCAGCUUUCUCUCCUCCUCCGGCCUCGUUCCCAUGAUAUCCGCACACUCCAGAUGACGGUCGAUUCCCGCUUCCCCGAGCCCAACUGGGACUCACUGUUGAAGAUCUUUACCUCCUGGGGUCGUUUUUUCACUUCUUCGAUCAUGUUACUUCAGCAAACUCUAUUGUACGGACUAGAGCAACACACGCCGAACAAUGCACUUGACCAGUUAAUUCCACAGCAGGAGGCUCUCCUGUCGCAAUUGCGAAGGUGGCAGGCCAUCCUAGAAGAAUGCGGUAAAAGCUCACAUUUGGAGCCAUCCCGUAAAAUCACUAUGCGACUUAUACAGAUUCACUGGCUACUACUCUACAUUACUAUCAACUGCUGCUUAGAUUCCACCCAAAUGAUGUAUGACUUGUAUGACGCCGAAUUCCGUCAACUUUGUGCUCAGUGUAAGGACAUGAUACGCGACAGCUUAUCACACCAACGGCCCACCUCUGUCUUGCUCGGGGAAGGGCUAAUCCUAUCUCUCACUACCGUCAUCCGAUGUUGUAGGAACCACGACAUCCGUAUGAUGGCUGCAGAGGCGGCAAGGCAAAUUCCUGCAUCAAUGAUCGUCUGGGAUGUUCGGGAACUGCUAGAUAAUCUACUAGCUGCCGUUCUAUUGGAAGAACUAGGCCGAGAUGACACAGGAGUUAUCCCGCCACACUCGAGGUGGACUUAUUUAGAGACAGAUCCAAGCCAGCAGAAGAGUCAAAAGCCCGAUAGAAUCUACCAGAGGCUAGUCCCAAACGAGGCUGGAAUUGCGGUCUACACUAGGCUAACAAUUGCUUCUGAUUUGAGAUCAGAUAUCUGCAAUGCAGCUCGUUGCCGAAAAGUUCACACAGAGCUUUAAUUGUAUUUAUAGGACUCUAAAGUGGAGAUUGAAGCUAC